GAAAGCCGCGGGUCACGUGAGUUCCGGGCCGGGCCGGUGCCGGGUCGGUGCCGUCGCUCCGGUGUCGCUCCGGUGUCGCUCCCGGGAAGUCACUGUGCGCAAACAGGAAUGGAUUUCCUCUCCGGAGGGUUGGGACAGGACGCCGAGGUGCCCCCCUAUGCGCGGCCUGUGCCGGGCGCGGGCCCCGGCGCCGUGGAUUAUUUCCUGAGCCUGCAGCAUUCCAUCUCCUCGGGCCUGUCGGCCGCGGAGGUGGAGGCCAUGAAGUUCCUCUGCCGCGACAAAAUUAGAAAGCGAAAGCUUGAGGCGGUGCGAAUCGGCCUGGAGCUCUUCAGCAUCCUGAUGGAGCAGCAGGUGAUCGCGCCCGACGAGCUGGGAUUCCUGAAAGAGCUGCUGCAGCACAUCCGCAGGAGCGAUUUGCUGUCGCUGGUGGUGCAGUUCGAACAGGGAGAACGUCGCGCCCCUGAUGAUGAGCCAGAUGAGCAUGAAAAACGUCCCCUGAAGGUCGCUUUUGAUGUCAUUCGUGCCAAUGUUGGGAAAGAUUGGAAGAAGCUGAUGCGAGAACUGGGGCUGCCCGAGGUGAAGAUAGAGAAGGUAGAGAGAGCCUAUCGAUAUGAUUUGGAGGAAGAGGUUUUCCAGGCACUUCGGGAGUGGCAGAAGUGGAAGGGGAAGGAUGCAAAGGUGGCUGACUUAAUAAAAGCCCUCCAGGGCUGCAAUCUUAAAUUGGUGGCAGACUUGGUUGAAGAGAAGAUCUCACAGGUGAACACAGGAGCCAAAUGAAAACAGUGUAAAUCUGUGAAUGAAAAAAGUCACAGUGCCUUCUUCUCUUCUGGACCAAAAUAAUUAUCACUGGCUGCUUAUCACGCCAUUUAUUUAUGUGCCUUAAUAAGUUAACUUGUGCUCAGGUGAACAAAUUGACAUGAAAACAGAUUCCUUUCAGAGAGCCCUUUGUAGUUUGAUGCUUAUUUCAAGAUAUUUUAACUUUCACAAGAUCUGAACUCCAUUUUGUAGAAAUUCUCCCACUUUUGGUCUGCCACUCACCUGAGAAGAUCUGCCUUGCUGCAGGCACUUUUCAGAUGCAUCUCCACUGGAAAUACAUCCGUGGGACACUUCUGAGACAACUGGAGUUUAAUAUUUCAUAGAGAUAUUGGAUUUUUUUUAAUGUCCUAUAGUGUGAAAGGGAGAAGAAGUAAAGCUUUCAGCUGGGUAUUGGCUUUUCUUUUGGAGUAGCAAAAAAUAAUAUCUUAGGUAAUUUGUCAAUAUGUUUGCUCUCCAUGAAAGAGAUUAAGACAGCUGUAACCUCAGACUGCAGUGCAAGAGGGACAUUAAAUAUUGUGGUGGCUUUCUUGGAAAAAAAACAUGCCUGGAUUUGAAAUUGAAGUCAAAUGUCUGCACCAAGUGCCUUCAGCAUCCUGAAGUUCUCCUGAAACUAUCCAAGGGACUGUGUCACACAGCUGUUUACAGCAGCCUCUCUCCAAAGCUGUGAAUGCUUUGGGACACCCUGCUGGGCAUCCUUCCGUGGCCUCCGCCACCGGGGCUGCUCCUGUGUGCUGGAAGCUGUGAGCCACUCUCAGAGGGAGCAGGAUUCAUGAGCCUGGAUCAGAGCAGUUCUCAGCUUUCAUCUGGAACAACCUUCAGCCAGUGGCCUUCACACCUGACCCACGGCUGGAGAAAUUGCACAAUUGCACAGUCCAGGACAUGCAGGGCUGUGGAGGCCUCAGGGGAGAGAAUCCCUUAAAUCAUCACUGCUUGAACUGCUGUAGGAUCCUGUGUUUCUGCUAACUUCUCCCAAGUGCCUGGCUAGAUACUGGAAGAGGUUUUAUUGCUGCUGCACCUGCGAGACUUCAGCUCUUUCCAGGUUGUUUUUAUGUGGUGCCAUUGCUGUGAAGGCCGGGUGUCAGCACAUAACCUGUCACUGCUCUGCAGAAACGUUGUGACACUGAUAAUUUUCAGGUUCUCAUUGUACGUGGUGCCUCUUGCUCAAACUGUAAGGAUUGAGUACUUUAUUGUAGUUAGUGGAAACUGUAAGUCAUUGUAAGUUCACACAAUACAAAAAUCAUUUCAGUCCGGGGCUUUUCCCCUUCAGUGAUUCUUUUCCACAUUCCUAGAAGUGCACAGGGUGGCCUUGGACGGGACUUGGAGCAACCUGGUCUAGUGGCAGGAGUCACUGGUUGGAACUGGAUGAUCUUUUGGGCCCCCCCCUGCCCAAACCAUUGUGUGCCGAUUGGCAGUGUCUUUCCACUUUGGUAUAUUCAGUAUCACUGGUGUUAUCCAAGCAAAGGAGCUGCCACCAGUCUGCCUUUUGGGCAGGCAGAGUUCUCAGAGUUCUUAUUCCCUUCCCUUCUGUCAGUUGCCAAUUCCAGGCUCCCAGGAGGAGAUGCUGAGCUUCAGCUGAAUGACAGGCUCAGGUGUUUUGGAGAUUUUUGAUUCAUAGACAUCAGGAGUGUCCGUUCUGCAGUAUCUAAAGAAAAGGAUUGCUCCAGCAGCUCUUCCUUCCUGCCUCUGAGCCGUCCCUGGGAGCAGAGGAGUGGAAGUGAGCAGGAUGUUAUGUGAGUGCUCAAACAGCUCUGCAACAGCUCCAAGUCCAGUCUUGGCUGAAGUGCUUUUCUUACCCACUUUUAAUAAGUCUUCUGCUUCACCGAGGAGAUUUAUGUGGAGUAGGAAGAGUACACUGCCUACUGCAUACAGCCAGGAUAUUUUAGGAAUCAGUUGGAAUAACCUGUUGGUUGUAGCCAAGCACUCAUCAGCCAAGCACUCACAAGAAAUAUUCUGCUUCAGGAGGCAAAAACUUGUUUCUCUAAGGAUUUUUUUUUUACAUCCUUUUACUGUGUCUGAAAGCAAUGACCUAGACUGUAUCCAUCUGUGCCAUACCUCAGAGCCAAUUAAGAUAGUUUUUAUGAGAUAUUAAAAUGUUGUUUAUGCGAAAGCAAAAUCAGUUGAAAUGAAGAGAACAAAAAUUUUUUAUUGGGAGGAGGGAUAAAGGGUGCAAUUUGUAAGGGAAUGUUUUCUGACCCACUUGACAAUCUUUUAUUUUCAUAUUAAACACCUUGAACUCAUAUGCAUAUUUUUUUAUAACUUGAAUCAAAAUUUUAUAUUGCAUAACUCUGUGUACAUUUCAUUAAAAAUAAUUCUUUAAAAAACCAAAA